AUGUCCGCACUCCUAGACCAGAAAAAGAAGAAGAAGAGCAGAAAGGGCGGCGGCGGCGAGAACGCACUAGACACUCUGCCCGCACUCGGUGGCCUCGACUCCCUACCGACAAAGGACGUGACCAACACCGCGCAAAAUGCCGUGAGCGGAGUAGCUGGCGCCCUUGGAGGUCUUGGGGGAGGAGGUGGCAAAAGCGAGUCGCUCAAGCUAAGGCUGGACCUGAACCUCGAGAUCGAAAUUCAGCUGAAAGCCAGAAUCCAUGGUGAUUUGGAAUUAUCGUUACUGAACUGA